AUCGCUAUUGGCCUAACAGAGGGGACUCGGGUUCCUCUCUGCCCGGUCAUUUCCUUUACUCCGUGUCUGUAAGAACCACCCCGUCGGGUGUUUCACAGGAUUACAGGUUUUUAGGUCAAACAGAAACCCAGGGGAGCGCCUGAAAAAGCCAAACACAGGCAGUUCAGUGACGCAGGAGCUGGAUGACAUCAACCCCAGUGCUGUCGGGAGUCACAGAGGCUGCGGUGCCCCAGUUUGUGUGGAUUCUUUCCCUGUGGGACCUCCGGCAACCAGGGCCACAGGUAAGAGCUGUGCUCCACAGUAGCUGACGGUUCCCCGGUGGGCCGCAGGCUCUGCUGAGGACCGGCCACUCCUUCAUCCAUUCCGGGAGCAGGGACAGCCUCCUCAAGCAGUCCAGGAUGGAGGAAACCCAAGAGCCCCUGGCCAUGACGGUCCACCUCCUUGCCAACUCCGGGCAUGGCUCGCUUCUGCAGCAAACUCUGGACCAGCUCCUGGACUGCAUUUGCCCAGAGGUCCGUCUCUUUAUGGUGUCGGAGAGGGUCCGUCCGGUGAAAAACUAUGACAAGGGCCACCCCAGGAGGUCCCGGUUCCCGGGGAUGUCCGUGUUGCUCUUCCUGCAUGAAAGCCGCGGCGGCGAGGAGCGGCUGUUCCGCGUCCUUGACUCCCUGCAGCGGUGGCCGUGGCACUGCUGCCCCGCCCCAAACAUUCAGGGAAGCCUGGGCCCCUGCCUCCUUGCCCGCCAGGAGUUCUACAGUCUGGACAGUCAGAUGCCUGUCUGGGGCGUGAGGCAGGUGCACUGCGGCCCCGAGAUCCUCAGGGUGACGCUCUACUGCACGUUUGACAACUACGAAGACGCCAUCAGCCUCUACGAGAUGAUCCUGCAGAGGGAAGCCACCUUGCAGAAGAGCAACUUCUGUUUCUUCGUGCUCUACGCCUCUGAGCGCUGCGCCCUUCAGCUGUCCCUGAAGCAGCUGCCCCUCGGGGUGUCGGUGGACCCCAAGGAGUCUUCCGUGCUGCAGUUCAAGGUUCAGGAGAUCGGCCAGCUAGUGCCUCUCCUGCCCCAUCCGUGCGUCCCCAUCAGCCGCACCAGGUGGCAAACGCGGGACUACGAUGGCAACAAGAUUCUGCUUCAGAUCCAGUCGAAUCCAGGCCUCGGUGUGAGGAACAGCACCUCCGGAGCCGACACGCUUCUCCAGGCCUGCAGGGGGGUGCCUGUCACCACAAGGAGGGCCCUCGAGCUGAGGCGGCGAAGGAGUGGGGGCAGGAGGUCCAAGGUGGCUUCUCUGGAAUUCCCUGAGCCCAGGGGGAGCCCGGCGUCGCAGGGCCCUAGUGACACGUUGUGGACGAGCCCCGGCGGCUCAUCCCAGGCCGGCGGCCAAGCCACAGAUGCCCAGCUGCCUCUGCAUUCUGCCCACCUCGAACCCAGGGCCAGAAUGAAGGCCUUCAGUCUGAAAAACAGCUUUGAGAAGCUGGAGGCAGAGACCAACGUUGACACAGGGUGUACUGUGGUCAACUCUGAACCCAGGCAACCUCUUCUGAGCAGAUUCCCAAGGGAUCCGCGCACCAGCCAGCCACCACUAACCUCCUCCUUAGGGGCAGCUGCCUCCAGACACAACAGACUCUUGAAGGAGAGCGUCCGUCCUUUGUCACUUGCUGGCCAAAGGGAACUUGGUGCAAGGCAGAUCAUCUCAGAAUCUCCCCUUCAUCUGCCAGUUCAGGGUGAAGAAAAAGAAGGAGAAGAAGAGUUCUUUAUAUAGGGCGAAGCCAAUGUGGUUUUCUAAGACACAAGAUCACGUACAAUGUUCUAGACAUGGGGCACCAUUUCUUGUUUAUCUGAGGGGGCCCGAAUGCUAGCCAGGAAGAGGUCUGUGUGGCCUUUAUUUCAAAUGUUCAGAGUCUAACGGUGCUGCGAGCGGUUGUGUAUUUGCCAUCAUGACCGUGGUCCUAAGGGAACACAGCCAACGCACGCACAGGGAGAAAGCCCAGGCUGCGUGUCCUGGGAGACGUACUAACCCAGCUGGCAGCAUGGAGAUCAGCACCAAUCAGGAUAAUUGCAUUGUAUGCAAAUGAGUCGAAUGUGUUCUGCGAUGUUGAUUAGUGUUUGUAAUUUGGUUUUAAUUUUUACUGUGGUUGCAUAGCUCAUCCCCUGGAUAGCACGGACUGUUUAUGCUUUAGUGUUUUUUAAUUUUUAUGUGACCUCCUUUUGUAACUGGGCCCUGGGCACCACAUCCCGUCUAGUGAUUCUGUCUUUAAAGUUGUUUGCAUCUGGAAUGAGUUAACAUGCAAAGUGUUUCGAAACUUAGGAAUAAUUAAUUUUCUUUCCUGUUUAAUGAACAGAAACACCGGAAGCCAAAAAGUGAGGUUACAAAUGAAAGCGAGGCUGUAGGUUUUUCUGCUCUUCCGUUUCUCAUCUGUUUCUGCACCACUCCGGGGGGACCAGUGGUCCGCGUGAUUAACCGGAGGGGAACACAACACGGUUUUAUGGCAGGACGUUUGCAUCGUUUGGGUUACAGAACAGGACUUGGGUUCCUCUGGCCAUGUCUGAAUUCCUAAAUUCCUUUGCAAUAUUCAUUCAUGCAUUCGUUCAACAAACACUUAUUGGGCGCCUACGUUUAACUAGCACAUUGAUACACGGUAUACCUGCAUUCUGUGGCUGUCAAAUCAGGAGUCUUCAUGGUUUCACCAGUGUGAUGAUAAAUCUAUUCUAUCAACUCAAGAAUGUACUGAAGUCCAAACUUAUUCCUCCGGGAACUUUUCCAUAGUCCAUUCCCACAUUUGCUGCAGGAGGAUGCGGUGAGCAUGCACGGCCCGCAGAUGCAGACUCAGCAUGCUCUGCAUUGCAAUUACAAUCGCAAUAGACAGAUUUUCAGUUGCUCAUAGGCUGCCUUCUUUUUGGUUGAGUCUAUACCCACAUUUCAAAAAAGUUUGAGGUCUCUGUGUUUUAGUUCUUUGGUAAGGUUAU